GAAGAUGUUCAAGAGGAUUCUUAGUCCAGAACUCCCAGAAGGCUUUGAGAGUCAGAAGCAGGAUAAGGAAGUGGUGGAUGCUGAAGAUGAGAAGCAGGAGAGCAGUGCCAGAGAGGGGGCUCUGAAGAUCACACUGCACGUCCUGAGGAAAAUGAACCAGAAGGAGCUUGCUGACACACUGGAGAAAUAUUCAGAUGAGCUUGCUGUGAUUUGCCAACGUGAACUCAAAUCUAAUCUAAAGAAGAAGUUUCAAUGUGUAUUUGAGGGGAUCGCUAAACAAGGAAACCCAACACUUCUCAAUAAGAUCUACACAGAGCUCUACAUCACAGAGGGUGGAACAGGAGAGGUCAAUAAUGAACAUGAGCUGAGACAGAUUGAGACAACAGCCAGGAAACAAGCAAGACCAGAGACUGCAAUCAAAUGUAACGACAUCUUCAAACCCUUAACUGGACAAGACAAACUUAUCAGAACUGUGCUGACAAAGGGAGUCGCUGGCAUUGGAAAAACAGUCUCUGUGCAGAAGUUCAUUCUGGACUGGGCUGAAGGAAAAGCAAAUCAGGAUGUCCAAUUUGUAUUUUCAUUCCCUUUUCGGGAGCUGAAUUUGAUGAAAGGGGACAAACACACUUUCAUUGAACUUCCUUGA